AUGUCUUUCGCCAACAGCACCAAUCCUCUUUCCGACACCUGGUCUGGCUAUUUAGCCCAGGCGCAAGAGCUUCCCCGUGAACGGUGGCUGCUUCUCGCCUUCAUUAACGCACCAAUUCUUGCGGUCCUCUUCAACGCGCUCUGGCAAAAGCUCAUUCCCCGCAAGACCUCAGACCCACCCCUCGUCUUCCACUGGAUACCCAUAGUCGGCUCGGCAAUAUGGUAUGGGAACAACCCGAUCGGCUUCUUCAAAGCGUGUCAAGAAAAGUAUGGGAACGUGUUCACAUUCGUGCUGCUCGGCCGCAAGGUCACGGUGGCGUUGACGCCCAAAGGCAACAACUUCAUUCUGGGCGGCAAGUCGAUAGCUUUCAACGCAGAGGAGGCAUACAAACAUCUAACCACACCCGUGUUUGGCAAGGAUGUCGUAUAUGAUGUCCCCAACGAGGUUUUCAUGCAGCAGAAGAAAUUUGUCAAAUUCGGGCUGACAACUGAGACGUUCCGCGCUUAUGUGGGGAUGAUUGAGGACGAGGUGGACAACUUCAUGAGUCACGACCAGCGUUUCCGCACGUAUCAACAGGACGAUAUCAACGAGUGGGGCAACUUUGACGCCAUCGGCGCCAUGGCUGAAAUCACCAUCCUCACCGCAUCACGAACAUUGCAAGGCUCUGAAGUUCGGGACAGUUUGGACAAGUCUUUCUCUGACCUUUACACCGACCUCGAUGGCGGAUUCACGCCUCUGAACUUCAUGUUCCCCAACUUGCCUUUGGAAAGCUACCGGAGGCGAGACCGAGCACAAAAGAAGAUGAGCGAGUUCUACGUCAACAUCAUCAAGAAGCGAAGGGAAAAUCCCAAUGGCGAUCACACCUACGACAUGAUUUCUUCGCUCCUCGACCAGAAAUACCGCAACGGCGACGUUCUUCGAGACCACGAAAUAGCCCACAUUAUGAUCGCAUUAUUGAUGGCCGGUCAACACACCAGCUCUGCUACUUUGGCUUGGACAAUGCUGCAUUUAGCUUCAGACCAGGAUGUCGCUAAUGCCCUCUAUGACGAGCAGGUCAAGCGUUUCGGUAACCCGGAUGGAUCCUUCCGUGCAAUGAGCUACGAAGACUUAAGGCAUCUCCCCAUCCUCGACGCUGUGAUUCGUGAAACUCUCCGUAUGCAUCCGCCCAUUCACAGUAUCAUGCGUCAAGUCCGAGAGGACGUUGUGGUGCCUGCCACUCUGGCUGCGCCAUCGAAAGACGGUGUCUAUGUUGUCCCCAAAGACCAUUACGUUCUUGCUUCCCCCCUCAUGUCACAACUCGACCCCGACACCUGGAGAGACGCCGACAAAUGGAUGCCUUCGCGGUGGUAUGAUGAGGAGGGCAUGGCUGCGCAGGCCCUCAAGACAUACGUAGACGAUGGUGGGGAGAAGAUCGACUUCGGGUUUGGCGCCGUUAGCAAAGGCACUGAAAGUCCAUAUCAGCCAUUCGGCGCCGGAAAGCAUCGUUGCAUUGGUGAACAGUUUGCGUACCUCCAGAUUGGCACUAUCAUCGCUACCAUCAUGCGCAAGGUUGAACUCCGUCUACCAAACCCCGUGCCAGAGCACAACUACCACACCAUGAUCAUGAUGCCCAAGGACCCGAAAAGUAUUCAUUACCGCCGCAGGAGGUUCAACUAG